GCAGCACAACAAGGAAGUGUUCCGAGUCACCAGCUCAACCCGUUUGAUCAGAACGAGCAUGUCGACCAAUGUUUUCCUUGUAAGGAUGCCUGUUGAAAACCUGGAGGAGAGGACACUGGAGGUGCUGGAUCUGCCUGAAGAAGUUGAUGAGGAGCUGCUCUUUCUGUACUUUGAGAACAAACGGCGCUCCGGGGGAGGUCCACUCGUUUCUGUGGAGAAGAAGGCCGGCCGAGCCUUACUGGUGUUUGAAGAGGCAGAAGCUGCAGCUCGAGUGCUGGAUAAUGGCCACCAUGUUCUGCAUAAUGCAGAGCUGUGUGUGAGGAAGCCGGCCACAAAAGACCCAUGUAGACUCCUGCUGCGAGGGAUCAACCCAAAGACCAGCGUCGAGAUGAUUGAGCUUUUUGUGGAGAAUAUGAUGAAUCUGGAUGACUACAGUCUGCAUCCGUCACCUGGGAGAGACCUCAUCCUCAUUCAUCUUAGCCAACCCUUCUCUAAAGAUUUCCAAAGCGUUAGUGCUAAAAUCUCCAAGAGGACCCUUGAUGGAGCCAAGUUAACUCUCGAACAGGUUGAACAAACGGACUCCAUCUUGGUGCAGAACCUGCACCCUGGCACCGCUACAGAACUGCUAACUUUAUACUUUGAGAACAAGGGGGGCGGGAGUGAGAAGGUGAAGGAGGUCACCAGGCUUUCAGAGGGCACAGCCAAAGUGUCCUUCACAAAUUAUCAAACUGUUGACAUGGUUUUGGAUCAGCGCCACAAACUGGACAGAGCUGAUCUUGAAGUCAGGGCGUUCUUCGACUUUCUUCAACCUGCACAGAGUUUAACAUCACAAGAGUCUGCAGUAGAAGCCCGAGACACAACUGAGAGAAACAACGAGGACCUGAGGGACCUGAGGGAUACCCCCAUGCAGACUAGUCCUCCUAUUGUCGCCAGCGCUAACAGCCAGUCGUCCUCCGGAAUGGCUUCGGGGUCCCUUGCUGGCCAUGCCACUGUAGAAAUGGAUGCAGCCGAGGUCAUGGAUGCAGCCGAGGUCAUGGGUGCAGCCGAGGCCAUGGGUGCAGCUGAGGUCAUUGAGGAUCAAAUGCAGGAAGAAGAAGAAGAAGAAGAAGAAGAAGAAGAAGAAGCACCAACAAGCCAUAUUCCUAUUGCGGAGCCAUCAAAACUAGCUUUGUUUCAACUCAGCAGCUUUAAACAAGACACUGAAAAGGCUCAUCCAAAUUUCACCAUCCAAAUCAAAGACAAUGGUGUGCACAUUGCAGGUGCUGACAGACAAACGAUAGAGCAGAUAAAAGGCACAAUCUUGGACUUUUUUGGCAAAAUGGCUGAGAGUCAUUUCACCCUUGAGCCAGAGAUGGCUAAUUUCCUCGCCAGAACAGAUGUCAAAGAGCGUCUAGAGAAAGCAAUGAAUGCAUCUGGGUUAUCCUCUAUUUACACCGUUUCCGACUGUAAUGUUUUGGUAACCUCCCUAAGUCAGAACUCCGCGAACCAGGGGUGUAGCUUUUUGAAAUCACAGAUUUGUCACUUCAGCAUACCUGUGGUCUCCGAAUAUGAGUGCAUGUUCUAUUGCAGGGAGUGGACUGAGUUCCUGCAGUCUCUGAGUUUCACCUCUGUAAAGGUGUCGGAACGAGAAAGGGACAUCGAUGUGUUAACUCUGAAAGAGAUGGAGAGUGAGAAGCAGACUGCAAUCAUAGGGUUUCUUACUACACCCAUUGAAAGGGAGACGAUCAUCCCUAUGGAACCGGACAUGCUGAAAUACAUCCAGAACCAUUGUCAUCAGCUGAUGGCUGACAUGGACCAAGUGUCCAUUUUCCCACUGGAAGCAGAAGACGUUUGUGGGUUAAAGAUCCAUGGCCCUGCCAUUGCCUGUCAAAUGGCUGAGGAGGUGUUGCAAGGUAUCGUUUCCUCCACCCUCACCAAAACCAUCACCUUUAGUGCUCCUGGAAUUACCCGCUUUUUAGUUGUAGAGGACUGCAAGAGCAUCCUAGAGGAGAUGCAGAGAAAGUUCCAGGUCUAUAUCAAUAUCCAGCAUGUGCCCUGGGAACCACUGCGAAACCAGAACAUUCUUGAAGCUGCAUGGACACUGAUGUCGCACAAAAACUUCCAGAGAAUGUCUCCGGGUGGUUCUUCACAGGAGUUAAAAUCCGAUUCAAUGCAAACUGAUCAUGAUGAAGCUGCAGGCAAAGGCCUUUUAGAUGAGGCAAAGAGAAUUGUCUCAGCCAUUGAUGAAAGACCCCAGGAGGCGGUGUCUAAUUCAGACACAGUCAAUGAUGUGGAUGAAGAGGAUCUGUACACAGCUGAGGCACCAACUACCCCUGCAGACCAGGACCAGGGUUUGAUGGUUGUCGAUGCUCCCCUGCUCUCGCCCGAGGAGAAUGCUACUGGUGGGUGUCCCCAGCUGAACGAUGAUGAUGAAGCUCUGGGCCGCUCCAUGGAGCUUGAAGAAGAGGCACAACUGUCUUUAGCCAUCCAGUACUCUAUGGAGACAAGCCAUUGGUCCGUGGAGGAUGAGGAGGAACAGCUACAAAGAGCCUUGGAGCUAUCCAAGACAAUGGUUCAACAUGAAGUUUCCUCUAGUAGUACUGACAAAAGCCCCAAAGUAGGCAAAAUAAGCAAGAACAUGAAUACUGUAAUACAGGACGCCAUGAAGGCAGCCAGCACAAUACAUCUGCAUGUGUUUGCAGCUUAUACUUCUGACCUGAGUAGGGUGGAAAUAGCCUUCGGGAAGAAGGUUUCCUUGAGACAGGUAGAGGAGAGAGUAGAGCACCGGGCUUUAAGGAAACUGUCUAAGUACCACAGGAAUUGUCUCGAGUUGAUCAAGAGAAAGCAUGCUGUCGAGAUUCAGCUUCAGGGAACCAUAAUCACUGUUUCGGGCUUCAAGGAUUUUGUGCCUGGGGGAAUUUCGGAUGUGAACCUGCUGCUGGAACAAAUUUCCAACUAUGUACCCGAGCGUGAAAUCCUGAAAGCUGUUCAGUGGCUGCAUCAUGACCCAGACUCUUCAGACAUGACUCCGUACUCGCCGGAUGCUACCGUGUUCAUUGAGAAUAUUUGGAGGAAGAAGCAGACAACGGUUGACAUUUUGCUGGACAAUCAGCCCCACACCCUGGACUUUGAGAAGAUGCAAGAAUGCAACAUAGCUACUGGGAAAUCCGUGAAAAUCUUCAGGAAAAUUAUCGAUAUAGGGGAUGUGGAAGACGAUGUGCCAGAAGAGGAAUACUCUCUGCUGUCCAACCUUCCUGAGGCAAGCAAAGUCGACGAGGACUCUGACGAAUUUCAGAAUGUGAUCAAAAGUUUCUAUGAGACCAUACAAGAGUAUCACAGCAAAAUCAGAAUCAUAAAGGUGGAGAAGCUCAUGAAUCGACUCCUGUACAAUCAGUACAAGUUGAAGAAGGCCAGUGUACUGCAGCGCGCCACAUAUCCGGUUAUUGAACGGACACUCUACCAUGGCACAAGUGAGACGAGUGUGAAAGAGAUCUGCGUUCAUGGGUUCAACAGAAGCUUCUGUGGAAAGAAUGCCACCGUCUAUGGCCAGGGGGUGUAUUUUGCUGUCAACUCUGGACUGUCCGUCCAGGAUCAGUAUUCACCCCCAAAUGCAGACGGACACAAAUUUAUUUUUGUGUCCAAGGUUCUAACAGGGGACUACACCAAGGGCUGCCAUUCGAUGAAAACGGCCCCUCUGAAGGAGACCGGAGAUAUUCCCCUUAGAUACGAGAGCGUGACUGACGACAUCACCAAGCCGUCAAUGUUUGUCAUCUUCAACGAUACGCAAGCUUUUCCUGAGUAUCUCAUUACAUGCCAGAGAAUUCACAGAUGAGGAAACGGAUUAGUCGGGAUGAAGAGAUGCCGCUGAUGAGCAUAAAAUAUGAAGAAAGAAAGGACUUCUAAUUUCCCUGCAUUUGAUUGGAAAGUGCAUUCGACUUGAAAGGGCUAACGUGUUAUCGUUUUCAUUUGGUAUUUUCACUUUCAUUAUCAAAAUAUCAUUGAGUAUUUUGUUGUUGGCUGUUUGAUUUGUAGCCCCACUUCCUUCAGUGAAGUCAAGUUUGAUCAAGAGAAACUCAGAAACCUGAACUCGAGUUGCCCACUUUGAUUUUAUUUCUUAAAAACGUGCCCUUUCAGCACAAUCCCACUCCCUUCUGUGGCUUAAACUGAGUAACUCAACAGCUAUUACAUGACAUUUCACUUGUAAUAGUCAUUUGAUGUGUGUAAGGAUUGCUAAUCCGUGCAACAUUUAUUGUCUUUGCCUUACUUUGAAGCAUCCAAUCUAAGUUUUUUGUAAAGAUUUUGAUUCACUAAUCAACCCUUAUUGAUCUGCUGCACAUAGCUCUAGAUUUACCUUCAUAGAGGUGAUUGUAUCAAUGUGUGAAUACCAAAAACAUUAAUCAGUUAAUAGCCCAGGCUUUUAUUUACUCUAGUCUAUAAAAUAACCCUGCCUUUGUUUGGAACAGGCGUCAAUACGAGACAGCCUUUAAUUAGUUGCAAACAACUUGAGCGCGGCAAUAAUGGGAAAGACUAUCAAAUUGUAAAUCAGAAAGAAUAUUUAACUGUUGUAAUAUUUGACAACGUCAGGAUAUCGAUAAACCAAUUUAAUUACAAUUCACUUAUUUGAUCUCGCUUUGUAAGCCAGCCUCGAAAUCGGUCUUAUGGUCUUGGUUUUGUCUCCAUCUAGCCCUGUCUUGGUCUUGACUCUGUCACGAUCCUUUAAUGUCUUUGUCUCAUCUCUGUCUCGGAGCACUCUGGUCUCUGUCUUGAAUACAACACUAAGCCAGCUCAUCCAGACCAAUUUGGGCUUAAAUUAAAAUGGGAUUUUAUUUGAAGUUUUAUGGUGCAUCAAUAUGAAAGUUUGAUAUGCAAUUCACACCGUGCUAAUUAUUAUACUAUCUGCCUGUAAUGACGUGAUAUACCGAAAUUCUGAUUCGACUUUAAAAUGUAGCUCAUGUUCGUGUUCUAAUUUGUUUUGUUUUUUUUAUCGGGUUUCCCUGAAGUUACUCUACAAUGUCAAGGUUCUGGAGGUUUUAUUUUUUAUCUUGAUUAUUUAACAAAAAUUGUUUAAGCGUUUGUUUUCCCCAUUGUAAAAAAAAUAAAAAAAAAACAGCUUUGGA